AUGCUGUCCCAAUGUACCCUGACACUUCUCGUACAUGUUAUUAAGGCUGCUAACUUGGGCGUCACGCUCUCACAAGUCCGUCUAAUAGACUAUAUAGAUUUCAUAAUGCUAGUCACUAGUGGACCGUCGCUCGACCUUGUCCUGGCCAUCAAGCGGCCCCCCCCCCCGGGCCUAAGCACAGCUUGUAGUAUUACUUGGUGA